AAUCAUUGCGCUGCCUGCCUGACCGCGCGUCGUCCCCCUCUGCUCCCCACCUUUACCGCCUCUCUUGUACGGCGGCUGCCCCGGAUACAAAAAGCGUGUUCUCGAUCGACCGCAGUGUCGUGUCUGCCUCUCCGACAUCAUUGCCGCUCGUGUCAUACUUUCGCUCUUUCGCCACGCAUAGUAGCAAAGAUGGCGGACAUUUGGAGCGUUUACACCGCCACGCCGCCCAUUUCCAGGACUGUGGCGACAGCAGUAUUCCUUUCCUCCGUCGGGAUAUACACGGGGAUGCUCUCGAGUUACCCUUUCUUCUUCCACUACUCGCUCCUCUUCACAUGGCCUCCCGCCAUCUACCGUCUCCUGACAAGUUUCUUGUUGACGGGACCUAAUAUAGCCGUGCUAUUCGACACAUAUUUCGUAUUUACCUACAUGAUCCAGCUGGAGGGUAAUGCCAAGUUCUCGAAGAAGGAGGACUUGAUAUGGUAUCUGAUGUUCACCGGAACUAUUAUCAUUCUCUUCACCGGCGCCGGUAUAUAUCUACAGGCCCUAAUCACCACGCUAUCCUACACCGUUACGCAAGACCAACGAGGCAUGAAUGCCCAUUUCUAUGUCCUAACCAUCCCGGCACAGCUUAUGCCGUACUGUCUCCUGCUCGUCCAGCUUCUUUUCCCAAACGGCUGGUACAAUGUGAAGGUCGGUCUCACCGGUCUCUUCGCUGCUCACCUACACGACUUCUUGACUCGGAUAUACCCCGAGUUCGGAAAUGGCCCCAAUCUCAUCCCGACCCCGGGGAUCCUCAAAUGGAUCAUAAGCAUCCCAAGAAUACAACAGGUUGUCUAUGGACAGCCUUCCGACUCCCCGCGUGAUACAGGCCGGCCCGCGGGGCCACUCCCCGACGCCUGGAGGAGUAAGGGACCUGGACGACGGUUAGUUCGAUUCGGUUCUCCCGCUGUGUGCAUGGUGUAGUGUCCGUAUUGUUAUCCGUCGAACUAACCCGAACCCCCGUCUUGCUUUUACGACGAUACUCUUCCCAGGGGCCUCCUGAGGGGACGUUUCCCGCGUCUCUUCCCGCGUCAAGGAGCAUC